AUGGCACCCAGACCUCCUCCUCAACCUAUCGACCAUACUGUAUCCGACAAUACAAGACUGUUGGAAUUAGUGAUAGAAGCACUUCAACAGCAGAACGCUGCCUUGGUGCAACAUAAUACGACCGCUUUGCAGAGUUUGAAAGCCGCACGUGCUAACUCUGAAGCGACCCAGAGACAGUUGAUGGAAAUCAUCGCGACCACGAGGAACACGUCUGGAACGUCCACUUCUAACGCUACCCACCAGACUGAGUGGAGCUUAGAGAAUUUCCUCCAACAUCACCCUGCCAAAUUUAAUGGGAAGUGCCUUCCUGAUGAGGCCGAUCAGUGGCUACGUGAUAUGGAGAGAAUCUAUGAUGCCAAGAGGUGUCCGGAUGAUAAUAGACUGGCAUUCACGGAGUAUCUACUGACUGGAGAGGCUAGUCAUUGGUGGACUAGCAUGAAGAUGAUCAUGGCGGACGCUCAAAGUCCCAUCUCGUGGAAAGUCUUUAGGAGCAAGUUUUAUGAGGAGUACUUCCCAGAUAGCGUGCAUUUCGCUAAGGAGGUGGAGUUUCUCCAAUUGGUACAAGCUGGUAUGUCAGUCUCUAAGUAUACCAACAAGUUCAAGCAUCUGGUUCGUUUUAAUACCAUGGCUACAAGCGAAGAAUGGCAGUGUCGAAAGUUUGAGAAUGGGCUGAGGAGUGAGUUGAAGCUGCUGAUAUCCAGCCUGUGUAUUAAAUCUUUUCCUACCAUGGUGGAGAGAGCAAAAGUAUUAGAGAAGAACGUUCAAGAGGUGGCACAGCAGAAGAAGCAACAGCAACAGUCGUUAAGAGGGCCUAUAUCGUCUAGGAACAAUGCGAAUUUGAGAAGGAAUCCUUACGCUCAUCCAGCGUUAUCUCCUAACGCUAGUGGGUCUCAAGCUCAAUCAGUGGUUGUUGUCGGACGGUCUGGGCAACAAGGGGCAGUGAAAUGUUUUCAGUGUGGGGGACCCCAUUACCGAUCGUCAUGUUCUCAGAUGGUGGGAGAAAAAUAUUGCACUCGCUGCAGGAGGAACGGACAUUUGGACAGCGAGUGUAACAUGGGUGGACGAGCGGUCAUGAGGCCACCCAACUCAGGAAGAAUUCAACAAGGAAGGGGUGGUCGAGCGCAGGCAGUGGGGCGAGUAUACGCAAUAACGGGCGUUGAAGCAGCAAGCUCAGGUACAUUUAUCAUCAGUACAUGCUUACUAUAUGGAAAGUCUUGCUGUGUAUUAUUUGACUUGGGGGCAACACAUUCCUUCAUUUCGAAGGCGUGCGUUGAGAAACUAGGAUUGACAGAGAGUGAGAUGCAGUUCGACUUGGUGGUGUCAACCCCAGCAGCUGGGGAGGUUAGGACGUCUACCGUCUGUGUUAGAUGUCCUAUAGAGGUUGAGGGGCGUAGAUAUAAGGUGAACCUCAUCUGUUUACCUCUAAAAGAGUUAGAGGUGAUUUUAUGA